CCCUAACGGGCUAAAACAGGUUAAUCCAAGAGAGGCAGAAGUCGACAACUAUCAUGCCCAACUGAUCCCCGCAUGUUCACCACGUCAUGUACAUAUCGUUGGCGUAGCGGUGGGUCGGUGGACGUCUCGUACGCUCGACGAAGGCAAGAGGAGAAUUAAUCAAGUAAUUAGCUCGACAGAUAGACAUGCAGUCUGCAAAGGAGAAGCUAAGCAAUAUGGCCAGUGCUGCCAAGGAGCACGUAGACAUAUACAAAGCUAAAGCUCAAGAGAAGGUGGUGAAGGCGACAGCAAAAACGGACGAAGAGAGGGAAAUAGCGAGCCAGAUAAGAAGAGCGAAAGAAGCAAAAGCAAAGAUGGAGUUUCAUGAGGCCAAAACCAAGCACUCUGCUGAAAAAUCGACUGCUAGUGCAGAGAAUAAAUCCCAUCUCCUCCAUGGACAGGAUGAUCAGCCUGUGGCUAGGGUUGGUGAUGGCCAUGGUAAUGAUCACCAACCUCACGAUGCGGGUCCUCUGCCUAAAACCACAGUUCCACAGUUCCGGCAUACCCACUUGGAGGUUAUCGCACCCACAAGUUUCCCUUGAAAUAAAUGUACUACUUUCUUUCUGGGGACUGUAAACCCUAGGUUUUGAAUAAUCAUGGAAGUAAAAGUUUACUUAUUUAACCAGGGUUUAAGAUCAAAGUUUAUGUGCAGCUCUGUAAAUUGCUCACUCUUGUAGGGUAUUUGUUACAAAUGGUCUUUUAUGUAUUGUAAAGUAGUCAUUUUGGUCUUUAAUGUUUUAAACUCAUCAGUUUGGUCUUUCAUUUAUUGACCUGCUCAUCAACAUUGUUUCUAACCUUCAAUUCCGUUGAGAAUUAUGUUAGUAUGCUAACGUGUCA